AUGGCUACCAAGACCAAGCACGACUGGGCCGACGAUGAUGACAUUGACGAGCCCUCGACGGAGCUCCCGCCCGCCCAGACCAUCAGCAACAAAGACGGCACCAAGACCAUCAUCACCUACCACAUCAACGACAGCGGACUCAAGGUCAAGACGACCCGCCGGGUCCGGUACACGACGCACACGGAGAAGGUGAACCCGCGAGUAGCGGAGCGCAAGACGUGGGCAAAAUUUGGAGGUAGCGCCAAGGAUGCCCCCGGCCCGAUUCCGGACACGACGUCGGUGGGCGAGAACAUCAUCUUCAAGCCGAGCAUCAACUGGCGCAAGGACGCCAAGGACGAGAAGACGGACCCCAACGCGCAGGCGAUGAAGGAUCAGCUCAAGGACAAGAAGGUCAAGUGCCGUAUCUGCAACGGCGAGCAUUUCACCGCGAGGUGUCCGUACAAGGACACCAUGGCGCCUGUCGGCGAGACGGGUGCUGCCGAUGUCGCGGCCGGUAUGGGAGACGAGCCCAUGCCCUCGGCGGCGGCGGCGGCGGCGGCGAAGAAGGGCUCCUACGUGCCUCCUGCGCUCCGUGGAGGUGCUGCCGCUGCUGGCGAUCGUAUGGGUGGAAAGUUUGGCGAGAGGGACGACUUUGCCACGCUACGUGUUACCAACGUUUCCGAGAUGGCCGAGGAAGGCGAACUGCGCGAUAUGUUCGAACGGUUCGGCAGGGUCACCCGCGUUUUCUUGGCCAAGGACAAGGACACGGGUCUCGCCAAGGGCUUCGCCUUCAUCAGCUUUGCCGACCGCGAAGACGCCGUCAAGGCGUGCAACAAGAUGGACGGUUUCGGUUUCAAGCAUUUGAUCCUCAGAGUAGAGUUUGCCAAGAAGGCGGCGACUUGA